GUUAACUGUAAGUAGGUUAUACUUGAAUUCAAUUUGGUUCUGAAUUUUCACUUCACUGAAUUCCUUCAAUUUUACUUCAUUAUCAGUAUUUGAUUAUAGCGAUCAUAGAUAUAAUGUCCUAUUUACUUUAAAAAUAAUAAAUGGCACUUAACACAUUGUUUAGGUGCAACAGAAGUAAAUUAGUUGUGAUAAGUAAUAUUUUAAACAAUAAAAAACAUGAACCGAAAUUGUUUUCUAAUAGUAUUAGAUUCCUUAAUAUAGGGCAACCUCAUUUAUCAAAAAAAGAGUACCAAGUAACAUUUGUUAGACCUAAUGGAGAAAAGGUGAAAGCCAAAGCCUCAGAAGGGGACAGUCUUCUUGACGUCGUAGUUAAUAAUGAUUUGGACUUUGAUGGAUUCGGAGCAUGUGAAGGAACAUUAACUUGUUCGACAUGCCAUGUUAUUCUUAAACCAACAGAUUAUGACAGGCUUCCAGAUAAACCAUCUGAAGAGGAAAAUGACAUGUUGGAUUUAGCCUUUGGAUUAACAGAUACAUCGAGACUUGGAUGCCAAAUAAUUAUGACAAAAGAAUUAGAUGGUCUUGAAGUCAAUCUACCUGAAACAAUUAAUGAUGCCCGAAGCUAGCAUACUACACUUCACCUAGGAAGAAGCUAAAGAAAUUAUUUUUAUAUUGUUAUCUACGUGUUAGCCAAAUUAAGAAAAUAGACUAACAAUCAUUUUAUUUUAUUCAUCAUCAUAGUAAUUUAUUAGAUCAAAAUAUGACGAACCUAUGUAUUAUUAAAGUUGCAA